ACCAUAUGUAUUGUCACUCAUGUCUCCAGCUAGAAAGCCACCAUGCAGAACUCUCUUCAAGUAACUGAACCACAAAGCCCAGGGAGUGAUUCGGAUGGCACUGAUCAAGUUCAUGACCAACGCAUCAUAAAUCCCACCAAAUUCGUCUCUAUAGCUGAUAGCUUGGAAAAGAGAGAACACUCACGGUUUAUCACGUCUCAAAUACCAACAGAUUUAUCAAUUCAAGUUCAAGAAAUUACCUUUAAUGUUCACAAGCAUACCUUGGUGUUAAAAUGUGGCUACAUAGGCCGAUUGGAACUUCAGCCUUCAAUCUCAAAUUAUGGGUACAACCUAAAGCUUGAAAACUUCCCAGGAGGAUCAGAAACAUUUGAAAUCAUUUUAAAAUUCUGUUAUGGUCUCCCAGUGGACUUAAACCCUAAUAACAUAGCUUCACUAAGAUGUGCGUCAGAAUUUCUGGAGAUGACUGAAGAAUUUGAAGAUGGAAAUCUCAUCACCAAGACUGAAGCUUUCCUCGCAUUUGUAGUCCUUUGCUCAUGGAAAGAUGCCAUUACUGUUCUAAAAUCCUGUGAAGCUCUAUCUCCAUGGGCUGAAAAUUUACAAAUUGUUAGAAGAUGCUGUGACUCACUAGCUUGGAAGGCUUCUAGGAAAAACUCAUCAACUGGAGAUGCAGUUCAUGAAGAAGGCUGGUGGUUUGAUGAUAUAGCUAUCCUUCGUAUUGAUCAUUUCAGGAGGAUUAUAACAGCAAUAAGGGCUAAGGGAACAACACCAGAGAUCAUAGGUAAAUGCAUCAUGAACUAUGCAGAGAGAUGGUUGCCAGGUAUGGUCAUGGAGACAGGAGGAGUUAGAGGAUAUGGCCAUGGAAAGAAUGAGCUUCAGUUCAGUAUUUGUAGUCAGGAGGAGGAAGGAGGCAUUGCACACAGCAAGGAGCAAAAAGCAAUUAUUGAGAGCCUAAUAAGCAUGCUUCCUCCUCAACAAGAAGCUGUUUCAUGUAAAUUCCUGUUGCAGAUGCUAAAGAUGGCAAUGGUAUAUUCCGCAACACCAGCUUUGAUUUCGGAGCUUGAAAAGAGAGUGGGGAUGAUGUUGGAAGAUGCCAGUGUCAAUGAUCUUCUGAUCCCAAGUUACAAAAAUUUUGAUGAGAGGAAACUAACAAAUUCUCCUGAGCAAUGCACAAUGCAUGACAUAGAUGUGGUGCAAAGGAUAGUGGAAUAUUUUUUGAUGCACGAACAGCAGCAGCAGCAGCAGCAACAGAAGUCUGGAAAAUGCAAUAUAAGUAAGCUCUUAGACAAUUACCUAGCUGAGAUUGCAAGAGAUCCAAAUCUCUCUGUCACUAAGUUCCAAGUUUUGGCUGAAUCGUUGCCAGAAAAUGUUCGAACAUGUCAUGAUGGUCUCUAUAGAGCCAUUGACACCUACCUCAAGACUAAUCGUUUACUAUCUGAGCAUGACCGAAGAAGGCUGUGCAAGAUAAUGAACUGUGAGAAACUGUCUCUUGAUGCACGCAUGCAUGCUGCCCAAAAUGAUCGAUUGCCUCUAAGAACCAUUGUCCAGGUGCUACUGUCGGAGCAACUGAAGAUGAGGGAAGAAAUGCUAAACAAGAAUGGCAAUACCUCUGAGCCGGAGAGAAACCAGUCAUCUACAAACAUGGAGAUCAAGACUAUGAAGGCAGAGAUUGAAAACAUGAAGACGAAGAUGGAAGCGCUGCAGAGUGACUACUCUGAGCUUCAACAGGAGUAUGGAAAGCUAUGCAACAAGCCAAAGAAUGCAUCAGGUUGGGCAUCGAUCGGUUGGAGGAAGAUCAGGAACUCCUUCCAUGCAAAAAUAGAUGGGGAUGAAACUGGAGAUGGACAACAGAGACCCAACCCAGCCCGUAAACGUAGCUUCAAACGAAGGUCAUCCAUCUUCUAAAUUUUCUCAACAUUUAAGAUCCUGCACUGUGAUGCUAAUUCCAUCCAAAAGCCUUCAACAGGAUCAUCCAUAUAUAUCUGCUUUCCCAAUUUGGCGUGGUUUCUUUUCACAAGGUUUAGAGCAAACUCAUAAUCUGUAUUGUUUAAUGCUUCUCUAGCUUUAAUGGAUCUUUAUUACAUACACCCAAAAAAAUAAAAGCUUCUCUAGCUUGGAAAAAAAAAUAGCAGAUGAACGUAGAAUUUGUAUCAGUGGAGUGGAGAGUGAAGAAAGGAAGUCCAUAAUUUUAGUCAUAUCCUAUUUCUAACGU